GUCACUUCCGGAUAUUAUCAGCGUUCCCGGCCAGAUGCGGACUUUAGAAUUGGAACAGUACUCGGGCUGUAACUGAUGACGUUUCACGAGUCCAUGAGAACAUAAGUCCACACAAGAACGCAUAUUGAGAAAGGGCCCGGGUUAGCGGAUCUGAGAAGAAGUUUCAACACGGAAGUAAUUGAGUGAGGGACAGCUGGUUUUCCCGGCAGCACAGAGAAGUUUUUCACUUUCUAUAUAUUGUUUAUUAACCGGAUAAAAGCGUUUCAAUCACUAGAUCCAGUCAGUAAAGAAGGGAAGAAGAGGUUCUCUAACCUUAGAAGUGUUUCAGAGUUGUAUUUAACGUUGAACCAUGGAGUGUGAAGGAAACGGCAUGUCGGACGCGAGAAUCGGAGAGGCCCUGAUCAAAGAGGUCAUCGAGGAGGAGCUGAAGGACGCCUCCUCGGAGGACGUCCCACCGCUCACCCCGCUGGCCGUGGAGCUAAAGACGGAGCAGGAGCAGCAGAUGGUGACCCAGCUGGGCAAAAUGAUCCGCAUCAUCGGUGACAGGGUCCGAGAUGACCAGGAGUUCCAAGACGCAAUCGACGGAGUGGCUUUUUCCUCCAACUCUACGGGGGACCGCUUCAAGCAAGUGGCAGACAAAGUGUUUGAACAUGGCAUCACCUGGGAGAGGAUUGCCGUGCUCUUCUAUGUGGCCGGCAAGCUGGCUGUCAGGAUGGUGGAGGCUCACCUCCCUCAAUCAGUGAGGGAGAUCCUCAAGUGCACCGUGGACUUUUUCAGAAACAAUCUUCUGGGCUGGAUUCGGGAACAUGGAGGCUGGAUUAACAGUUUCUCUGAAUUGGCGGUGGCGUCCGUUCAGAGCGUAUCAUCAAUGAGCCCCCACAGCUACGGCUUCGUCCUCAUCUUCAUCGCCGGCCUGGCUCUGGGGAGCGUCCUCACCUGGAGACUGACCAAGCGGCUCUGAGGCUCACACACACAUUGACAUUCCUAUUGUUUCUUAUUUUUUACUUUAUUCUAUAUGAAAGUGUUUUGAAAAAACAGGUUAACAUUUGUCAAAAUUUUAAGCUCAAUCAUGAUGUUUUACUGAAGAUUACCUAGUAGUUUUCCCACCACAGCUUAAUUAAGAAUGAACGGUUGAAAGAUCAGAUUUGUCCUGUGCUCACAAACUGCUGUCAUGUGCUGAUCACAUGUUGCCAAGACAUUCACACUCACAUUUCACCUUCUCUAACAUCAUCUAUGCAAACUACUUGAAACUUGAAAGAAAUGUUGUUUCAAGGAGUGUCUGAUAUUAUUCUCAUCAUCCUAAAGAGAUGCCCUUGCUGCCCUCGGAGCAUGCAGUGUUGGUCGGGUUAAGGUGUCUGGGUUCACAGCAGAGAACCAGAGGUAACGAGUAGUCACGUCAAAUGUGACGCCGAUGGAGGUGUGUUUUCACAAUUUCAUUAAAGAAUAAGCAACUAAUGAAAAUAUUUAGUGGGUUCAAUAAUUGUUAGGGUCAAAAAUCAAUAGAAAUGAACUUUCAGUUUUUACUUUUCUUAUUUCCUUAAUGCUCGCUCAAAUUAAAAAAGACAAAGACACUUGCUGAAGUCCCACCUGACUUAUGCCUAAAACAACUCCGCAUAGAAGGCUGCAGGAGGUCUAUAGACCUCCAUGUGCAGGUGGAGCAAUAACCAUGCAAAGAAAACUAUUUGGGGAGUUUUGUAUUUCCACUUAAAAUCUAGGUGAAUUAUUUAUAUUUGACCAUAUGGCCUAAAUGUGCAUAGAAAUGUUUGUGCCUUACACAAUGUAGCCUUGUACUUAAAAAAAAAAUGUAAAUGAUAAAUGUCAGGGAAAUAGAACCAAUGGUCAUUAUUAUCAGAACAACAUCUGUACUUGGAAUGAAGUUCCCUUUAGUGAUCCCAUUGGGGCCAGCCGAUUGGUCCGUGAGGAGAAGGGCGGUUAGACGGUAGUGAGACUCUUGUGGGUCUGCCUGGGGGUCACAUCCACAGCCUGUCGGGUUAUUACUUCUCCCACUAUGCACUCCUCCAAGUUUCAUAAAGUUCAGGCUUGAUCCUGCUGAUGACACAUUCUGCAUGAAGAAAAAUAUAAAAGGCCAUUUAAUGACUGUAAAGUCCAUUCUGGUCACAAUUGAUCAUUUUUUGGGUCUAUUUACCCAAUUUAUUUUUCUCCUUGAUAAUAUUUUGCCGGUGUAGUUCACUUUCCAAGUACAUAAUGUUAGUGUUAUAGUGUAUUUGAUUUUUUAAGUGUGACUUUGUGCGGUUCCUAUAACCUUGGUGGAGGAAGAAGGAUUUCAAAUAUAAAGUGUUUCCUUGGUUAUUGGGGCUCUGUGGUGUUUAAUGAACUUUUAUCAUACUGAUUUUGACCUGUGGCACUUCUUUCAUGCAGACAUUCAGUUUCUGUUCAGUAGAGGCACCGCUGCUGAUUGAGUGAUACUUUGUGGUAGUAGAUGUUAGGAUGUGAACUCUCCAUAACAGUGAUUGUUGGUACAGAAAUGUCAAUUAUAUGUUGGAGGUCAUUACGUACUUCAUCCAUAAGAGAGCGCUGGUAUACUUUUACUUUUUUAAAUUGAUCCACUUGGUAUAAAUCUUGCUCGCACUCAAUUGAUAUUAAAGGAAUUUUUUAAUUAAAGGAAAUGUGUUGGUGUUUUAUUUGAGUAAAGACGGCUAUUUAACAAAAACACAGGUUGACGGUAAUAAGGUUUAAGGUUAUAAUAAGGUUUUUAAAUCCUGACUGAAAUGUCUGUUCUAUUUAUAUCUGUUUGAGUUAUGGCGUUGUCCUUGGCAUGAAAUAUUAUUACUGAUUGGUGGAUACUACAAUUUUACACGUAUGUGACCUAACUGCAAUGCACACUGUUUGAUUGGAUAAAUACGACCUACACAUCGCCUUGACUGCAAGUUAUUAGACCUAAAGCAUUGUUUUGGCUUUGCUUGCUUUUUGCAAUAUGUGUGAAACUGUAAAAUCUCAAUAAAUCGGCAAAGAAUAACUCUGUGAUUCUUCACAUCGCACGUUAAAUUCAAGAUCUGGAGCUUCACUUGUUGGGAAAACUGUGCAGCGAUAAAUCCCCCGUAUCCUCUGGGAAAUGUUGACUUGAAUGUGAAGAGGGCGGUUCAUAGCAGUUAUCCUCGUCCUCUAAAGUUCUUGAAUCCUCCCUCUGAAGGUGUUGGCAGAUCAUGG